AUGUCGGCGUCUUUAGGAAUAGCCUCGUCGUCCACGUCGUCGUCAUCAUUGCGUGUGGGUUCGAGUCGUUCUCCGUCACCCUCCGGACGCAGAAGUAGUGGCGGCUCGCAAGGCAGCAAUCGUUCCGGAGGAGGAGGAACCCCACGUCCCAGUCUCGGCGGACUUCCCACCGUCCAUUCCGGACGAUCCUGGAUCAGUCUCGACUCGCACGAAGAUGAUAAUGAUGUUGUUGUGCGUGCGGUAGAAGCACCAGCGGCAACCGCAUGCACAACAACAGGGUCCCGGACCAACACACCCACUGUCCCGGUCAGUACGACAACUUCCAGCAACGACAACAGUAGCAACAACAACAACAGCAGCAACAAACAUAACCAAAGGAGCUGGGGAUGGCGUCGUCCGAGAUCGGCAUCCGCUCCCACCGACACUACCCCCACAAUGAACAACAACAACAUCAAAAAUAAUAACACUACCCGACAGCGACUGCUGGCGUCGAAAUUGGCGCGACAAUCCCGCUGGAACAGUACACCGGCUACCUUGGACGGCGGUGCUUGGGAUUCCAAGAAUUCAGCCGGCCCGACGAGUACACCCCAUUCCCGAUUGUCUCUUUCCAACAGCAUUCGGUCCUCCGGAAGCAACGCACUUUCCACCCGUGACAACAACAACGUCACCAGUCACCGGUACAAGCCCAACGAUCAAUUACUCUAUAAAUUACCCUUGCGCUGGAACUCGGCACCACACACACACUCCACCUUGGUCAACGCCCAUGGCUUCCCACCCGGCGAAGGGAUUACUCCCGCUGAACUCCGAGGGCCCUACCACUUCGUUCUGGCCACCGUCCAGAGUAUACACUUUGACGAAAUGCAGCCCUACUACACCGUCAAACGCGCGGAUACCAACUCGGUCCUGCGGGCCGAACGGGACGAUCUGGUGCCCUUCCAGAACCCCCGCGCCGUACAGGCGGCCGACGAAGCCGCCCAACGCCCCACCAUUGAUCCCAACGCGGACCGCCACUCGCCCCAAAACCGGACGUCCGAUUCUCCCGCCACGCACCCCGCUGCUCUCUGCGGCUACGCCCUCCUCUUGCCAUUUUUGGCAUUCUACGAUGCCCUCGCGUAUCUAUACCUUCGUUACUUCCGGCCCUUGGUAUACCGUGUAUCGGGCUACGUCCAGCACAAAGCCCGCUUGAUCUUGAAUGGAGUCGAGCCCUUUGUCUGUCAAGUCCGCCUCACUCUGGUCAAUUUCGUCGUGCUCUGCAGUGUCUGGUAUGUCUUUGCCGACCAAGCUCGCUUGGCCUUUUUCCCACCGUCCUCCGACGUCGCUUUGGCCUACGUCAAUGCUAGUGUCUGGCUCGUGCUCGUCCUGGAACUGAUCCUCGAAGUCUUUGUGCGCCCCGACGGUUACCGAGACUUGUUAAUGGCGGAAAAAGCUUACGCACCCACUACGGUGCGCUACAUUCACGGCCUUCACGUGCUGGUCGAAACUAUUGCUCUCGUCCUUUUCAUCCCGGAAUUCUACUGUCUCAUUUCGUCCUACCGUUGCGACGCCCGUAUCCCCGUUUCCUUCCACCACGCUGCCUUUCAGGGAGUCACCGGACCGACCGGCUUGGACGCCUUUUACGGGCGGGCCUACUUUGCCGUGGUCCGCUUACGUGUCUUUGGUCUCGUCCGGCAUUGGCGGAACAUGUGGAUCGCCAACACUUUUCUUCAAGCGUCGUGGAAAAAGUCCAAGGCGGCGACGACGGAUGACUCGCCCGAGCCGUCGGCGCGGCAAACCUCCAUCUCCACCACGGUGACAGCCUCGUCGCUGCGGCCAUCGGAAGUUUCUUCCAUAACAACGGCGGCCGCUCUGCUCGCCAGCUCCCGGCACUCGGAGAAGUCCGUGGACGACACGGAGGGGGUUGGAACACUGGCCAAGGACAAUACAAGCUUGACGGACGCCUCGACGAUUGGCACCGCCCUCAUGGCGACCAAUUCCUACCGUGCCUUGGCCAUUCUCUGGUUCAUUACGGGUGUUUUCCCGCUCCUCUGGCCCAUGGGUAGCUUUUACCACAAUAAGGUGGCCUCGUCCAUGACGGCGCAGUUGCAGGGCACCAAUGUACUGGUCGAUGAGUCGACCCCCGCGGGAUGCGCGUUUUUGGCCGACAGCGUCCGAAGUUGGUUGGCGGGCUUGUACGCGCCGGAUUUUGCGUUGCGUCCCGACGCACCCUACGUCGUCGCCCUGGGUAUGGAACCCAGCCGGUGCUGGAAUACCACGUUGUACGAGUGGGUCUGUAACGACGUGACGGAACGCGCGGCGGUAGACGCAGACGAAGAGCUUGUCCAGCUUUAUUGCGAUUGGUGGACUGCCCAUCAGGCCGGCAGUUCCGAGGCCGAGCUGGCGGAUAUUUUGGGUUUAAGGGAGGGAUCCGUACAAACCUACCGUCUGCAAGAAUUGGCCAAUCAGACGUUGGCGACGGGAGAAACAGCGCAGACAAUAUACUCCGUUGCGGCCUGUUUCGAUGAGUCGUUCACUAUCGAAACCGCGGCUUUUGCUUCGUUGCUUUUGCAGUUGUGCCUCUUGGUGUUGGUUUUAGGUGGCCUUUCGGUUCUUCGCGGAGAUGCCGAAGUACUGGUCCUAGGUCCGUUGCGGCGAAUGUUGAAAAUAGUAGCCCGGUACGCCAAGAAUCCCUUGAUUCAACCACGCGUGGCCCGACAGUUUGUAAAAACACGUCGAUUCGUGUCGAGUCGAGGAGAUGACGAUGAAAAUUCCGAUUCGUCCAGUGACGCAGGUCCUCGACAGAUUGGUGACCGCGGCUUGGCCCUGGGAAGCUACGAAACCACACAGCUGAUUACCGCCGUGACGAAAAUUACCGAUCUACUGCGCAAAUGCUGGGGUGUCGCGGGAGCGGACAUUAUUUCUACAAACUUGGCCACUCGAGAAGGAGCGUUGACGGAAGUAUUUAAUCCUACGGUCCCCGGUAAAAGUGUGUACGCCUUGUUCGGUUUUGCCGGCAUUGACGGUUUUGACCACGCGCUGCGCAGCCUCGGAGGCGAUGUCAUGAUCUUGAUCAACGACGUGGCAGCCGUACUGCACGACGAAGUCUUUCGUUGGGGUCUGCACGACUCUGGUCAGUGCAACAAGAAUCUGGGGAGCGCCUUUCUGAUGGUCUUUCGGAUCGGACUAGUCAAGGAGGUUACCAAAAAGCUCGAACAGGCCACAGACGUCGUCUUCAAUACCGCGACGAACAAGUCGUCGGGCAUCAAACGAAGAAAGAAGAAUGCGGUGAGCAGCCGAAAUAUGAGCAAAACGUCCGGAUCAACUUCGCGACGUACUCCACUAUCGCGUCCUUUCCUGUCUGUGGCUUCUAUUCCUCGAGUAGCAGCUGCCAAAAAGGCAGCCUAUCACUUUGAUCGAAAAGCGAUUCAACGAUCGUCAUCAACAAAGGCCAUGAGCCUCUCUCUGGCAUCACUUCCUGGUAUCAGUACGUUCACGGAUCGCGCCGUCAUUGGCAUGCUGAAAAGUUUUGCGGGUAUUCACCGCGAUGGUAGAAUCAGGAAUUGGAACGACGACUUUCGCCUCGGUGCCGGUGUCGGCGCUUUCACGGUAAAUAUGAAUUUCGGCAUGGAUGCUGGUUGGGCUGUGGAAGGUGCUGUUGGCAGCGAAUACAAGAUUGACGCAACGUACUUGUCCCCGCACGUAAAUAUGGCUAGCCGGAUGAUGGGGGCUUCGAAGCAGUAUGGCGUAAGCAUCAUGCUUUCUCAGGCGGUGCAAGAGCUCAUGAGCGAUGUGGCUAGAUCAAAGCUUCGUCAUUUGGACACUGUUACCGUUAAAGGAUCCUUGCUCCAGCAAAAAAUAUACACGUACGAUGCCCGCUACAAAGGCGUUGAUUUCUUUUUGCAUAGUAGGCCGGAGGAGCAAGCGGAUAUUGAUGCGGAAGUAUUUUCAUCGCAUACAUGGAACACGGAUCCUGAUUUGCGGGCCAUGCGCCAGCACGUGACAGACGAAUUUAUCAAAGCCUUCAAUGGAGGUCGCAAAGCCUUCAUCGCUGGCGACUGGACGGACGCGAUUGUGAAAUUAGAGCGUGCAAAUGAAAUCAUGAUGGAAACUGCUCUGGAGGAAGGUUACCUGGAAGAUGAAUUGGAAGAAGUUCAGAUUCAAGCUGGAGAUGACUCCAAAGGUGCUGCUGAGGCUUUGAAACGGGAAACUGGAGAUGGACCAAGUAAUCUUCUUAAUUAA